AUCACAGACAACCUAUCACAACAAGUUUGUGUUAUUACCAAUGUGAAGGAAGCUAUUGCACAAGUAGGUUUUCUCCUUCAUGAAUCUCUGAAAAGCCAAAUAAAAGUUGAAGCUAUAUCAAUAUCUCUAAGCAAAAAUGAUAGCCAUCUACAAAACAUCUUUUCAGGACAGUGCUACAAUUUUAUUUGCAUAAAUGAUAAAAAGUAUGCCAUUCAAGAAACACAGCAACUAGUGGAUAUGUUGGAAGAAUCAAAUAUUCCUCUUUUAUAUCCAGUUGUUCUUAUUUUGGUGCACUUGGAUACUUCUGAAAAUAUUUCUUUCGGUGUUGGGACAGAAGAACUAACUAGGAUCAAGAAAUUUGCAAGGGAAGUGAAAAAGAAAAAUAUCUUGGUUUAUGGUCUCCUUAUCCAAUAUAAGGACCAUUUGCUGCUUCAGGACACAGUAAAUUCUGCUGCUGCUCUUAUCAUGGCGUUAAUAAAGGACAGAAACCCGGAGCUGAUCGGCCAGCUGUUGGUAGCAUAA